AAUGCAGUCCCAACAGUAUCAACAACAGCGUCGAAAAUUUGCUGCUGCCUUCUUGGCAUUUAUUUUCAUUUUGGCAGCUGUGGACUCUGCUGAGGCAGGGAAGAAGGAGAAACCGGAAAAAAAAGUGAAGAAGUCUGACUGUGGAGAAUGGCAGUGGAGUGUGUGUGUGCCCACCAGUGGGGAUUGUGGCCUGGGUACCCGGGAGGGCACCCGGACUGGAGCUGAGUGCAAACAAACCAUGAAGACCCAGAGAUGUAAGAUCCCCUGCAACUGGAAAAAGCAGUUUGGAGCGGAGUGCAAAUACCAAUUCCAGGCCUGGGGAGAAUGUGACCUGAAUACUGCCUUGAAGACCAGGACUGGAAGUCUGAAGCGAGCCCUCCACAAUGCUGACUGCCAGAAGACAGUCACCAUCUCCAAGCCCUGUGGCAAACUGACCAAGCCCAAACCUCAAGCAGAAUCGAAGAAGAAGAAAAAGGAAGGCAAGAAGCAGGAGAAGAUGCUGGAUUAAAAGUUACCACCUUCAGUGGAACAUGAAAAGGACAUCAGCAAACAGGAUCAGUUAACUAUUGCAUUUAUACCUACUGUAGGCUUUUUAUUCAAAAAUUAUCUAUAGCUUAAGUACACAAUAGGCAAAAACAAAGAAAAAAGAAAUUUUUUGUAGUAGCAUUUUUUAAGUGUAUACCAUAGUACCACUAGGGGCUUAUAAUAAAAGCCUGUAAUGCUAUUCAGAAAGUUGGCUGUAGUACAUGAUAAAUGAUAGACAAUUGAGGUAAGUUUUUUGAAGUUAUUUGAUAUUUCACAUUUAAAUUUUUUUUUUUACAUUUUUUUUCUUUUGGAGCAAUUUAUGUUAUGACCAUGUAAACUACUUCUCUUGUUUGGUCUUUUAUUUUCACCUAGAUUUUUUUCCCAAUUGAGAAAAAAUAUAUACUAAACAAAA